AUGAAAAGUUACUUUGACGUUUUUGAUUGGAAAAAAGCAGUAGAGACUCAUGUGAAACCACCUAGUCAAUGGCAUUUCCAAUUUUCUUCGGCGAAGCGGAUAAUAAUUAAGAAAGAAGCUAGUUUAUCAGAAAAAAAGCUAAUUACCGCGCCGAUAUGGGAGUGUACAAUCAAUCCAGUGAAGUUAAAUGAUGUAGAUAACCUUUUGAAAAAGCAUUUUGGUGCAGAUUGGAGAAACGUGUGUGGGGUAGAUUUAACGUUUUAUCAAAGGAUUAUUGAUAGUAAUAAUGAUAAUCAACUAAAAGCGCCUGAUGAAGAUACCACUCUCCCCAACGUGGAAGAAAAUAGGAUCUGA